AUGAAUGACCUCGCUACCCCCUUGAACAACGGCAUCCACCAGUCUGACCGUGGCGGGCUUUGGCUUCAGGACAAUCGGCAGACUAGUUGCAACCACUUCGACUAUCCACCUCAAUCAACCACUCCUAUCAUGAUCAGGCUGACUGUGGCGGGCUUCGGCUUCAGGGCAAUCGGCGGACUGCUUAUGCCCCUUUCAUCAUCCACCUCGAUCAACCAUCUAUCUCGAUGCAUAAUUCACUUCAACCACAUCCAGUCUGACCGUGGCGGGCUUCGGCUUCAGGACAAUCGGAAGACUUCUCACAACUACCUCGAUCAUCCACCCACCACAAUCAACCAAUUCAAUCCCAACUUGUCUGACCGUGGGGGAUUCGGCUUCAAGACUGCUGACGACUACUUCAAUCAUUCAAGUCGAUCGUCGUCUGUAAUCAACCCUCCGAACCAAAUCAGUCUGACCGUCGUGGGCUUCACAGCUUUGGGACAAUCGACCGGCUGGUCAACCAUCCACCUUGACCAUCCAUUUCAAACAAACUUCCACAUCUAA